AUGCGGGGGGGUGGGGGGAACAUACACCGCCCCGGCAGCCGGCCCAGCCCCUGCUCCCGCCCCUCCGAGCAGGCGUACAGCGGCGGUUCCCCUCGGCUGCGGACCCCUGUCCUCCGCUUACUCCUCCGGCAGCUCUUGGCCUCGCCGCCUCUCGGCUUCCCCCUGCGCCGCUAUCGCCGGGGAGAGCCGGACACCCGUCCUCGGCUGAGGGUCGCCCGAGGCGGCCGCAGCGGAGCCGGGGCAGGAACCGCUCUCCCUGCGGUGCCCCUGCCCGUCCCGAGCGCAGCCCCACCGCCCUGUGUGAGGGCCUUGCUCCAAGGCACGAUAAAAAACCCUACCACCAUCCCUGCUCCUUACAUUCGCAUGCCCGCACUGAAGCCUUUGAUGGCAGGAGCAGGACCGCAGCUCCUCCGGGCACACCGCAGCUGCCUUCAACCUGCCCGGGUACCAAAGGCAGCGCACCCGCUGCAGGACGGGGAUGGGGGCUGGAUCCCCGCCAGCAUCAUUGCCCAAAGGCCGCAAACUCGCACUGAAAACAGAGAUGCAUGCAGCGCACACACAGCACCGCUUCCCCGGCCUGCUAGCUCAGCAGUGGAUGGACAGAAAAUAGAGAAGAAAUGGAUCCUUAGUAUUGCUGAAAAGCAGUGUGAAUUGGAACAAACCAAGUACCAGAGUGUCCCAUCUUGCAGUCUCCUGGGUGACAGCUGCAGUAAUCAGAGCUGUGGCAGAGGACAUGAUGAGGUGUCAAAAAUGCAUUGA